AUGAAGAGAGCUAUUAAGGAUGUACUUUCAAGAAGUAGGCAUAGGUUAUGUAUGUGGCAUAUAUGGGAGAAAUUGAAGACAAAGGUUGGUCCUGUUUUGUCAGCAAACACUGAUUUUAAUACAAGAAUGACUCAUGUUGUUUGGAAUGAUACUAUUAUUCCAGAAGAUUUUGAAACUGAGUGGCAUUCAAUAAUGUCUACUUUUGGAUUGGAAAAUCAUAAGUGGUUAAAAGAUAUGUACGAUCUUCGAUUUGAUUGGAUUCCUGCUUAUUACCAUGGAGAGGAUUUGGCUGGACUUAUGCGUACUACGUCAAGAUGUGAAAGCGAGAAUUACUUCUUUGGUCAGAUUUGCAAUCCAAGAUGUACACUUGUUGAAUUUUUCACUCAUUUUGAGACCGCGGUGGAUAUUCAAAGGCAUGAGCAUAGGAGGAAUGAUCAUGAUACAAGGUAUAUUGAGUGUAAACCCUGGAGUGACUUUGUGCAAUACAGCAAACAAGAAGAUGCUUUAAGUAUAAGUUGUUCUUGCAAAUGGUUUGAACAAUUUGGUAUAUUGUGUCGCCAUAUAUUUUACGUAUUACGGUAUAAUGAUAUAACUGAGUUUCCUAGAAGAUAUGUUCAUAGAAGAUGGAUGAGAGAUGUUGUUUCCGUUGGAUCAAAUCAUUCCAAUAUUCGGUUUGAUGAAAUUGGUAGGAAUAGUGAAAUUGAUAAAGUUUAUAGAGAAAUCAUUGUUGCAAAUGAGUAUGUGGUUAAUAGACUGGUUGGCGAUUUAGAUGAACUGUGUCGUUACAGGGAUCAUAUUAAAAGUUAUAUUGAUAAAGCGGAUGAGGUUAUGGUUGCUGUGCCGCCUCCUAGUCGCAAAGAAAGAUUUACUGAUAUUGGAGGGAACUUAGAAAAAUCAGAUUCUAUGAUUCGUGUCCCGAUCAAAAUAAGGACCAAAGGAUGCGUUGUACAAAAAAGGAUCAAGUCUAAUCGUGAGAUUGCAAUUCAGAAAUCAUCAAAGAUCCAGAAAUCGUGCCGUGUAUGUGGUGGAAAAGGACAUAACAGUCGCACAUGUAAAGAUAAGGUUUCAUCUCUUUUUGCUACUGCGUUUUGA